AUGCCAAGCGACGUCGCUGCUGCCGCUCCCGUCCUCGCGGCGCUAGCGCAGCCCUUCGGAGCUGGUGCAGUUAGCGAUGCGCAUCAAAACGGAGUCGGAUCGGCGUCACGAUCGAGUGACGGCCAGCCCAAGGUGUCUCUGAAGGAUUUCCGCCUCAUAAGGACUCUGGGAACGGGCACCUUUGCUCGAGUAUGUCUCGUGAAGCCCGCCGACGCCCCCGAAGACGACCAUGACAGCGUAUAUGCCCUAAAAAUACUCCGCAAAUCUGAAGUUAUCCGGUUAAAACAGCUGGACCAUGUCCGCAACGAACGUGCUGUCCUGAGCGACGUGAGCGGACACCCUUUCAUUACGCGACUUAUAGCCUCGUUUUCCGACCGCGACAGCGUCUACAUGUUACUCGACUAUAUUCCCGGCGGAGAGGUUUUCACAUACUUGAGGAGGAUGCGGCGUUUCGAUGAACCUACUGCUCGAUUUUAUAUAGCCGAGCUCGUCCUCGUUUUGGAGUACCUCCACGAAACGCAAGGCGGGGUCGCCUACCGAGAUCUGAAGCCCGAAAACCUCUUGCUCGAUAAGGAUGGCCAUAUUAAGCUGGUAGACUUUGGCUUCGCGAAGCGCCUCGGCCGUGAAGGCGACAGGCCCGGCGAGACAUACACGCUCUGCGGUACGCCGGAGUAUCUUGCACCAGAGGUGAUCCAGAACAAGGGGCAUACGACAGCAGUUGACUGGUGGGCGCUGGGGAUCUUACUAUACGAGUUCUUGACGGGGUAUCCGCCAUUCUGGCACCAGAAUCCCAUCGAGAUCUACAAACAGAUCGUGGAUAAGGCUGUUGUCUUUCCCAGCGAACCGGCCUUGUCGGCGGAAGCCAAAGAUCUCAUCCGACAGUUCUGCACAGUGGACCGAUCCAAGAGGUUAGGCAACAUAAGCGGAGGCGCAGCAAGGAUUAAAGAACACCCGUUCUUCCGUGACGUGAAUUGGGACGAUGUCUACCAUCGGCGGACCAAUGGUCCAAUCAUCCCUCCGAUCAAGGCGCCGGACGACACGCAGUGUUUUGAUCGAUACCCGGAAGACGACGGGCGACGCGUCGUUUAUACCGACGAGAUGGCGGCGAAAUAUGACCAUUAUUUUAGAGAUUUUUAG